UAGGCUUCUUUUGGAAGUUCGAGCCCAGUUGGGUCUUUGUCUUCUGAGGAUCAUGAUUUUGACCCCACUGCUGAGAUGUUGGUCCAUGACUAUGAUGAUGAAAGAACUCUUGAAGAAGAGGAAAUGAUGGAUGAGGGUAAAAACUUCAGUUCUGAAAUUGAAGACUUAGAAAAGGAAGGAAACAUGCCUCUAGAAGAUUUAUUGGCAUUCUAUGGCUAUGAACCUACAAUUCCAGCAGUUGCAAAUUCCAGUGCAAAUAGCUCCCCAAGUGAACUUGCAGAUGAACUACCAGAUAUGACACUAGACAAAGAGGAAAUAGCAAAAGACCUAUUGUCAGGUGAUGAUGAGGAAACUCAGUCUUCUGCAGAUGAUCUGACACCAUCUGUGACUUCCCAUGAAACUUCCGAUUUCUUCCCUAGACCUUUACGAUCAAAUACUACGUGUGAUGGAGAUAAAGAAUCAGAGGUUGAAGAUGUUGAAACAGACAGUGGUAACUCACCUGAAGACUUGAGGAAGGAAAUAAUGAUUGGUUUACAAUAUCAAGCAGAGAUUCCACCUUAUCUUGGAGAGUAUGCUGGUAAUGAGAAAGUGUAUGAAAAUGAAGACCAAUUACUUUGGCGUCCUGGUGUGGUUUUGGAGAGCAAAGUUAAGGAGUACCUUGUUGAGACCUCAUUAAGAACUGGAAACGAAAAAAUAAUGGAUAGGAUUUCUGCAGGAACACACACAAGGGACAAUGAACAGGCAUUAUAUGAACUUCUCAAGUGUAACCAUAAUAUAAAGGAAGCAAUUGAAAGGUACUGCUGCAACGGAAAGGCCUCUCAAGAAGGAAUGACUGCAUGGACAGAAGAAGAAUGCCGGAGCUUUGAACAUGCACUCAUGCUUUUUGGAAAAGAUUUUCAUCUUAUACAGAAGAAUAAGGUGAGAACUAGAACAGUUGCUGAAUGUGUAGCAUUCUACUAUAUGUGGAAGAAAUCUGAACGUUAUGAUUACUUUGCUCAACAGACAAGAUUUGGAAAGAAACGAUAUAACCAUCACCCUGGAGUUACGGACUAUAUGGAUCGUUUGGUGGAUGAAACAGAAGCUCUAGGUGGGACAAUAAAUUCUUCAGCCUUAACAUCUAACCGACCUGAGCCUGUUCCUGAUCAACAGCUGAACAUUCUCAGCUCUUUCACUGCCAGUGACUUGACAGCUUUGACCAGCAGUGUAGCGACCGUCUGCGAUCCAGCGGAUGUGACUUGUUUGGAUGAUAGCUUUCCUCCACUGGGCAGCACGCCCCGUGGACAAGUCAAUCAUGUGCCUGUUGGAACGGAGGAGUUACUCACCCUGCCCAGCAACGGGGAAAGUGAUUGUUUUAACUUAUUUGAGACUGGAUUUUAUCACUCAGAGCUAAACCCCAUGAACAUGUGCAGUGAAGAGUCAGAAAGACCAGCAAAGAGAUUGAAAAUGGGCAUUGCUGUUCCUGAAUCCUUUAUGAAUGAGGUUUCUGCAAAUAAUUUGGGUGUGGACUUUGAAAAUCACACACAUCAUAUCACCAGUGCCAAAAUGGCCGUGUCUGUGGCUGACUUUGGCAGUCUGUCUGCCAACGAGACCAAUGGUUUCAUCAGUGCCCACGCUCUGCAUCAGCACGCUGCCCUUCAUUCUGAGUGACAUGAGUGAGGGGCCCAGAAACAGUGGGUGUGCAGUACCAGUACCAGGAAAGUAUCAGGUUUGCUUAGUCUUUCACUGGAAGUUUGAACUUUUUUCACUAUGACAUCAGUGAUGUCAGUAUGUAUAGAACUAUAUCUUGAUUUAUCAAGAGUAUUUUCAUUUUCAAUCCAUAAAUGUGGAAAUGAACUAUGAUCAGCAGAGUUGGGAACUAAGAUUGAACUCUGUGGUGCAGCUUUAAGCUCUGCUUAUCUCUUCCUCAUCCCCGAUACCUCUUCCCCACUCCCUUCUUUUUCUAUUCUUUUCUGUUCCCCACUGCCCUCACUCCCAAUUUUAAAACCUGUAGACAGAGGCCACCAGCUCAAAACCAGCACAGAUGUUCUGAACUGAAUGGAGUGGCUUCUAUUCAUGUAAAUUCCUUUUGCCGUAAUGGAUGCAGUGGAAUAACAAUGUUUACAGGUACCGAUCCCGAUCCCUGCUCAAUGUAGCAUUUUUUGGUUUUAUUUUCUUAAUUAAAUAAAAGCAGGGGUAGGUUUCUUUAAACUGCACAAACAUGCAAGGAUUUUUUUAAAAAUGGAAACUUCUCUCAUGUUGUUCAACUAGAGCACUUCAGUUUACAAAACAGCAAGUCCAUCUUUAUGGAAGCCAGCACGAGGAACUGCGUGCAAAUUAUGAAGACGCUUGCUUGGAUCCUGUUUCAGAAUUCUAGACCAGGGCUACCUUACACAGAAUUGGUCAUUUUACUGCCGGAAGAUUUCUGUGUAACUUCAUUUAUUGGCUAAAAAUUUGGCAUUUGAAGGUGUGGUAUUUAGAUGGGGUUUUGUCCACCAUUAUCAAGAUUGUAAUCAUAAAAAUCAUACCAGUCAUUGAUAAUUUAGUUUAUCCUGAGGCAGUUGACUUGCGGGGCACAGUCUACAAAGCCUAGGAUGUUGCCACUCAUUGGUUUACAUUUUGGGACACCUCUUAAGUUGUUUUAUAGCGGUGCAGUUCAAAGUGUUAAUAUUUAGGAGGGAUUUCUAGAUUUUAGACAUAAAAUGCAGUAGAACCUUGAAGUAUAUUUAAACUUUUCUGUUUAGCUUGAACAGUUACUGGCAAGAAAAAUGUGAGUUCCUAUCU